AUGGAGAGAGGCUCUUCUUCCUCCUCCAACUCAUCCAUGGCUUCUUCUUCUUCUUCGUCUUCCUCCGAUCAAACCUCACCAUUCGUGACAUCAUCCAUGCUUUCCCGGACAACGUCAUCGUCUUCUUCCUCCGCCGACGUCGGAGACUACAUCGGGACAGAAUCUUGCUUUGACGUCCUCUCCGCCGACGAAGAAAACGACAUCGUCUCUGUCUCCUCCUCCUCCGUAAGCCGGUUUCGUUACGGAGGAAGGAGGAGAGAGGAGAGAGAAGCUAGGGCUGCGGCGGCGCGUGAGUUUCCUCCGCCGAUACCAUUGCUAGCUCAGACGGGGAAUCUCCAUCCACACAUGCCUUGGGUUCUGAAGCGUGUGGUGACUAGUGACGGUAGGCUUAUACUUAGAGAAGAGAAAGUUCGUCAUCAUGAGUAUUUUCGUGCUCAUAGAUCCAAUGGUCGUCUCACUCUCCACCUUGUUCCUUUAGACGACGACGUUUUCGAACUUCCUCAACGGCGGCGGCGGAGGAUACGGUGGUGGAGAGUGGUGUGGUGGUCGGAGGAGGAGGAUCACCGAGAGGAAAGUGUUUGA